ACUCCCCAAAGCCGCGGAACCGCGCUGAUAAGAACCACUGCUAGGGAUUUGACGUCAAUCACUGGUCCCGAUUUAAACUGUCAAAGAUGGCGGCGAGUGGCGAGUGGAGAGGAUCGGCAAUCUGUCGUCGCGGUCGCGGUGGCGGCGGCGACGACGACGACAUCACCAGGGAAGAUGAAUAUGGUAACCAGGAGGCUGCAAUGAAUUCCGAUGAUGUACCCAUGAAAGAGGCAAGACCAAUACAGGUAGUGUUGGCACAUGAAGAUAAUCAUCAUUUUGAUCUCGAUGAAGAAUCCUUGGAGCGAAUUCUAUUGCAAGAACACGUUCGGGACUUGAACGUUGUGGUUGUCUCUGUGGCAGGAGCAUUUCGUAAAGGCAAAUCGUUUUUGUUGGACUUCAUGUUACGUUAUAUGUACAAUCAGAAUCCUGAUACGUGGCUAGGUGGAGAUGAUGAGCCGUUAACAGGCUUUACUUGGCGAGGUGGAUGUGAACGUGAAACUACUGGAAUACAAGUUUGGAGUGAAGUUUUCGUCAUUAACAAGUCUGAUGGAAGCCAGGUUGCAGUGCUUUUAAUGGAUACUCAGGGGGCCUUUGACAGUCAGUCAACCAUAAGAGACUGUGCCACAGUUUUUGCUCUCAGCACUAUGACAAGUUCAGUUCAGGUAUACAAUUUGUCUCAGAACAUUCAAGAAGAUGAUCUGCAACACUUGCAGCUCUUCACGGAAUAUGGCCGACUGGCAAUGGAAGAAGUGUAUCAAAAACCCUUCCAGACUCUUAUGUUUUUAAUAAGAGAUUGGAGUUAUCCCUAUGAACAUCCAUAUGGAUUGGAAGGAGGGAGGAGCUUCUUGGAAAAACGGUUGGAGAUAAAACAAAAUCAGCACGAAGAGCUACAAAACGUGAGGAGACAUAUUCAUUCCUGUUUUGCCAAAAUCACCUGCUUCCUAAUGCCACAUCCAGGUCUGAAGGUUGCCACAAAUCCUAGUUUUGAUGGAAGAUUAAAAGAUAUUGAUGGUGACUUCAAGAUGGAGCUCCACAAUGUAGUGCCAUUUCUACUGUCUCCUGAAAAUUUAGUGGAAAAGGAAAUUGGAGGGUCUAAGGUGACUUGUCGAGACCUUCUUGAAUAUUUCAAGGCCUACAUCAAAAUUUACCAAGGAGAGGAACUACCUCAUCCAAAAUCUAUGCUACAGGCAACAGCUGAAGCCAACAAUCUAGCUGCUGUAGCAGGAGCAAAAGAUGUCUACACCAAAGCCAUGGAGAUGUUCUGUGGGGGAGAUAAGCCUUACAUAGCGCCAGCAGAUCUGGAGCAGCAACACCUGAACUUGAAAGUGGCUUCUAUCAAGCAGUUUCGAUCUGUCAAGAAAAUGGGUGGGGAAGAAUUCUGUCAGCGCUAUCAAGAACAGCUUGAACAAGAAAUGGAUGAGAACUACGCAAACUUUGUAAAGCACAAUGACAGCAAAAAUAUUUUUUAUGCUGCCCGCACACCCGCCACACUUUUUGCUGUGAUGUUUACCAUGUACAUAAUCUCAGGAGUGACUGGAUUUAUUGGCUUGAACUCGAUAGCUUCUUUAUGCAAUCUUGUGAUGGGAAUAGCUCUAAUAUCCCUCUGCACCUGGGCUUACACAAAGUAUUCUGGUGAAUUCAGAGAAUUUGGAACAAUCAUUGAUCAAGUGGCUGAAACUAUAUGGGAACAGGUAUUAUGCAAGCUGUUCACUUCAGCUCGAAGUAGAGUGGUACAUCGUUCUAUUACAUCAACACUGAGACUUUCAUCAAACAACAACAAGAAGAAAAACUAGCUGUUGUGCUUUAAUCAUGUCCUUUUGGAGGGUGUGGGAAUGUGGACAUUUACUCACUUGUCAGGGUCUUGUUGUGUAACAAGUUAUAAAUGUUCACAGCAAAUUCAAUAACGUAAAGUGCAGAACUGCUCAUUUCUUAAGUGACUGUUAAGAGGACAGGCAGACCCACGUGAAGAAGAAUUGUGGUAAAUGUGUCAUCAUUUCAGACCAUUUAAUUUUGUGUUUUUGGUUUAAUAUAUAAAACCAUGUAUUACCCCUUGUAUUAUAUACCAGAAUAAUGCAGGCUGCUGUGGUCCAGCAAUUUUUCCACUUAACAAUUCUUUUCUCUUUUAAUGCACAGGGUUGAAUUUAGUUUCACAUUCCAUCUUUCCUCAUCAUUCCUUUCUAUCCAACAUUCUUGUAGCUAUUUUGCAACUAUUUAAUGGGAGAAUAUUUAACAGAUAUAGUAUUACUGUUUUUCUUCUGUUGAUAGUGUGUCUUUGGUUACCCCAUUUUAAGUCUCCCUUUCUUUCUUUUAACAUUCCCAUAUUACAGGUGUUGAAGCCACUGAGUGACAAUUUGAUGGAGGACAACAUAAGACAGACUGUAGCAAACUCCAUCAAAGCAGGUUUGACUGAACAGGGCUCCCAACAUACCAAAUUAAAGACGAACUGACAAUCCCUUGUCUGGUUCUAUUGGUGUCAAGUGCUUGCUAUAGGUUACAGACUUUGAAUCAAUUUAAAAUUAGUCUGCGUAGAUUUUGAAGUGAAAGGCCCAACUUCACUGGACACUGCCAAAAAGGUCUGAAGAACGAAGAAGGAAAUGUUCAUGGAGAUGGUUUUUUCAGUGGAUAGGUAGUUGCAUUGCUAAACAAGAUCAAACAGGAGUUGUGACAUUUGUAAUUUGAAUGUUGACAUAAGAACACUAGUCAAAUUUCCUCUUUGGGUCUUGUGAAAGGCUGGUUUGCACUGUAGUAUACUGUACAGAUAAAUCAAUGGGAUCAUUGAGGUAGCCAAGCAUAGUUGAGCUUGAAAUGAGCCAAUUCAUUUUUUUGUUAAUGCUUUUGCUUGUAUUACCAGUAUUACACAUUGCAUGAAUCCAAACUACACAAGCCACUGGAUUAUUUUGAGGACAAGAUUACUAUUAGAUGGGGGUAAUUGAAGCUUACCUCGCCUUUUUCCUGAAAGCAGCCCUAGAACAGUUGUAUGAACAGUGACAGUCGAACUGCUGGGAAGUUUAACCGUUUCACUACUGCCACUUUAGUCCAUCCAGUAUGCCUUUUUCAUUUUUUUUGUGGGGGAGGGGGGUAAGCCAUCCAAAAAGAACUGUUUCCUGUAGCUACCAGUUAGCAUUGUCUGUACAGUGCAUUUUUUAAAAUUUAAUUUUCUAUCAAAUCAUAGAGGUGGGGCAUGUAUAUUAAAUAUAAAUAUAUAAAUACCAAAUUUUGUAUCAAAGUUUUUGUAGUUAAUGGCAAAAUCUGGUACAGUGGUAGGCUCUGUGCAGUUUAUGUAAAGGAAUGUUAUUUGUGAUUGAUGUAAACAUAAGUGCACCAAAUUUGAGGUUUUGAUAUAUUUGUGAUAUUACCUGCCUUGAGCACUGCAGUCCCACCCCUUAUGGCAAAGCAAUGGGAAUGUUAUUUGUGAAAUUCAGUUGUCUUCUGUUGCAUUUUAAAGUUAUUUCCUGUAAUUUAUUUUUCAAUACACAAUUAAAGUACUCUAUGAAA